AUGUAUAUCCUUUAUCCUUUCUUUAUGUAUAUCCUUUCCUUAUGUAUAUCCUUUAUCCUUUCCUUAUGUAUAUCCUUUAUCCUUUCUUUAUGUAUAUCCUUUCCUUUCCUUAUGUAUAUCCUUUAUCCUUUCCCUAUGUAUAUCCUUUAUCCUUUCUUUUAUGUAUAUCCUUUAUCCUUUCCCUAUGUAUAUCCUUUCCUCCUUUAUCCUUUCUUUAUGUAUAUCUUUAUCCUUUAUUAUGUAUAUCCUUUAUCCUUUCCCUAUGUAUAUCCUUUAUCCUUUCUUUAUGUAUAUCCUUUAUCCUUUCUUUAUGUAUUCCUUUCCUUAUGUAUAUCCUUUAUCCUUUCUUUAUGUAUAUCCUUUAUGUAUAUCCUUUAUCCUUUCCCUAUGUAUAUCCUUUAUCCUUUCUUUAUGUAUAUCCUUUAUCCUUUCUUUUUAUCCUUUCCUUAUGUAUAUCCUUUAUCCUUUCUUUAUGUAUAUCCUUUAUCCUUUCCCUUUAUCCUUUCCCUAUGUAUAUCCUUUAUCCUUUCUUUAUGUAUAUCCUUUCCUUUCUUUAUGUAUAUCCUUUCCUUAUGUAUAUCCUUUAUCCUUUCCCUAUGUAUAUCCUUUAUCCUUUCUUUAUGUAUAUCCUUUAUCCUUUCCUUAUGUAUAUCCUUUAUCCUUUCUUUAUGUAUAUCCUUUAUCCUUAUGUAUAUCCUUUCUUUAUGUAUAUCCUUUAUCCUUUCUUUAUGUAUAUCCUUUAUCCUUUCCUUAUGUAUAUCCUUUAUCCUUUCUUUAUGUAUAUCCUUAUCCUUUCUUUAUGUAUAUCCUUUCCUUAUCCUUUAUUUUCUUUAUGUAUAUCCUUUAUCCUUUCCUUAUGUAUAUCCUUUAUCCUUUCCUUAUGUAUAUCCUUUAUCCUUUUUCCUUAUGUAUAUCCUUUAUCCUUUCUUUAUGUAUAUCCUUUAUCCUUUCCUUAUGUAUAUCCUUUAUCCUUUCUUUAUGUAUAGCCUUUAUCCUUUAUUUUAUGUAUAUCCUUUCCUUAUGUAUAUCCUUUAUCCUUUCUUUAUGUAUAUCCUUUCCUUAUGUAUAUCCUUUAUCCUUUCCUUAUGUAUAUCCUUUAUCCUUUCUUUAUGUAUAUCCUUUAUCCUUUCCUUAUGUAUAUCCUUUAUCCUUUCCCUAUGUAUAUCCUUUAUCCUUUCUUUAUGUAUAUCCUUUAUCCUUUCUUUAUGUAUAUCCUUUCCUUAUGUAUAUCCUUUAUCCUUUCUUUAUGUAUAUCCUUUAUCCUUUCCUUAUGUAUAUCCUUUAUCCUUUCUUUAUGUAUAUCCUUUAUCCUUUCCCUAUGUAUAUCCUUUAUCCUUUCCUUAUGUAUAUCCUUUAUCCUUUCUUUAUGUAUAUCCUUUAUCCUUUCCCUAUGUAUAUCCUUUAUCCUUUCCUUAUGUAUAUCCUUUAUCCUUUCUUUAUGUAUAUCCUUUAUCCUUUCCUUAUGUAUAUCCUUUUAUCCUUUUAUUUAUAUAUAUCCUUUAUCCUUUCCCUAUGUAUAUCCUUUAUCCCUUUCCUUAUGUAUAUCCUUUAUCCUUUCUUUAUGUAUAUCCUUUAUCCUUUCUUUAUAUAUAUCCUUUCCCUAUUUAUCCUUUCCUUUUUAUGUAUAUCCUUUAUCCUUUCUUUAUGUAUAUCCUUUAUCCUUUCCCUAUGUAUAUCCUUUAUCCUUUCUUUGUGUAUAUCCUUUAUUCUUUCUUUAUGUAUAUCCUUUAUCCUUUCUUUAUGUAUAUCCUUUAUCCUUUCCUUAUGUAUAUCCUUUAUCCUUUCCCUAUGUAUAUCCUUUAUCCUUUCUUUAUGUAUAUCCUUUCCUUAUGUAUAUCCUUUAUCCUUUCUUUAUGUAUAUCCUUUAUCCUUUCCUUAUGUAUAUCCUUUAUCCUUUCUUUAUGUAUAUCCUUUCCUUAUGUAUAUCCUUUAUCCUUUCUUUAUGUAUAUCCUUUCCUUAUGUAUAUCCUUUAUCCUUUCUUUAUGUAUAUCCUUUAUCCUUUCCUUAUGUAUAUCCUUUAUCCUUUCUUUAUGUAUAUCCUUUAUCCUUUCCCUAUGUAUAUCCUUUAUCCUUUCCUUAUGUAUAUCCUUUAUCCUUUCUUUAUGCAUAUCCUAUAA